AGUCCAAGCUCUCCUGUUGAUCGCCACCUGCGCCAAGCUUCCCAGUUCAGGAGUCAACAUCAUCGAUGCCUUGAACCGGCACCAACUUCAUCUCUGGCCAUUGGACAACUCCUCCGGGAGAAGAUGGUGUGAGAAGCAUCGCCAGCAGUUGUUGAGCAGCCGCUCCGAGGUUGACGGUCAUCAUCACAAUGCCGUCCCCUUCCCCGCGCAGGGGCUUAUCGAAACUGCGCCGCAAUCAGGACAGCGGCAACGACUCCACCAAGUCCCUCGCCGAAAGCUCGACAAGCGAUGAGCCUGGUCCAGAGCCUUCCCUCCAUACGACUUUGUCCGAUGGCACCGCCAAACUUCGCGAACGGUUAAGGCGCAAAUCGGUUGAUGAUCGGCGGAACAGCGGCGACUCCGGUAAUCGAUUGUCCAACCUGAUGACUCGGCGCCGAAGCAAAUCAAAGAAGACCGCGUCAGAUAGUCUGAACCGCGAGCUCAGUGUCGACUCGGCGACUGGCAAUCUAUCUCGCAAUCAUUCAUCUACCUCCCUCGGCCUGGAUGACAGCGGCCGAAGCAGUCUACUGACAGACGAUGAAGCGGAACAUGACGGGAAACCAAAACGUCCACCACUUUCAACGCAUGCUUCCCACGCCGGCUACUUGACCCUCUCCGCCCCCGAGAUCCCAGCGAAUCCCAAUCCCGUUGACCCUGCACACCUCGCCUCAGCCCUCUCAACUCCCCCACUUCUACCGAAGCCGAGCACGAAUGUCCCCGACGUUAUCGAGCCCUACGACAUCGAACCCUUUCCGCGGCAGCCCUCUCCUGAGCGAAACACCUCCGAUCUGUUGAGAAACGCCAUUGGCUUGUCUCAACGAAAAGACAGUUUCGACGCCGAUUCUCUCGCAUCAGCGUCGUCAAGCAGAAACAAUAGCGUGGACAUUCAGGAGCGCAUACCUUCCGAGAAGGCGGUACCACCCGCUGCGACCCAGGAAACAAAGACCCCUCGACGCUCGCAGAUCGAGACGUCUGUUCGACCAGCAACACCCCCAAGCCUGACCGCGACCCCUACCACCUUCGUGACCCCGCCCACUCCCACCGAUCCUCUCGCCGACGCUCCCACUUUUGCUCCGCGGGCCUUUCAACGCUCUGCACGGGAAACCUCACCUACCAGGGACAGCGUUCGUGGUCGGCGUAUCAACAUCCCCAGCAAGCUCUCCCAAUCCAUACCCGCCCCUCUCACACCCACGGUCGAAGAGACCAAGACUCCGGGUGGCACACUUGCUCAGAACACGAACGCCACCGGCUUCUUCUCAAGUGUGUUUACCGCUGCGCAAAAAGCCGCCGACUCGCUCAGUCACUCUAUUGCCUCGAGCCCAAAGAAGGUUAAUUCCCCCGAACAAGCUCGGGCAGGAGGGGGAGGAGAAGCAGUGCAUACUGGAGACAGCCAGAGAGGACUGGAAGGAACUGGCGAGAUUAAACCACCGGCGGCAGUCCACACACUGGGAAGCGGGGAUCUGAAUUUCGGUCAUCUUGGUUUAGCGGAGCACAGCAGUGAGCCGAGUCCGAUGAACUCCUCGCCCAAUCUUGCGCUGCAAAACGGAUUCUCGCAAUGGGACGAUGACACCCACCACAAGGCGGAAGAGGAGGCGGCAGCUCGCGCUGUGUCCGAAGCCUACCAUGAGCCAGUCGAAGGGGCGUUGAGCCGAGCGUUGAACGGGCGGCCACUGUCCAUUGCUUCGAAUGAACGUCUUACCCUUGGUGGCGAGCAUGCCCUUCCCAAGCCUGGUGCGGAUGCAGAUUCACUUCAGUCACUCCAGCGUUCGGGAAGUGUCAGGAGUAGGCUCAGUGGCCGACGGCGACGGAGAGGUACUUCAGCCACAGCCGGCACGGUGGGCACGGCGGGCACCACCAAUACUAUAGCUGCAGGUAUCUCGGCUUCAGCGGGUGGCUUGGGAAAUCUAUCUGCUACUCCCGCCGGUCGUCGGUUGACAGGAUUCGCGGUCGCCAGCAACAAACGAAACAAGGACUUUCACCAGUUGUUUCGGAGUGUGCCAGACGAUGACUACCUGAUUGAAGACUACAGUGCAGCAUUGCAGCGCGACAUUCUGCUUCAUGGGCGGUUAUACGUCUCCGAAGGCCACAUUUGCUUCUCCAGCAACAUCCUCGGCUGGGUGACCAAUCUCGUCAUCAGCUUCGACGAGGUGGUGUCGGUGGAGAAGAAGAGCACGGCCGUCAUCUUUCCCAACGCGAUCGUCAUUGCAACAUCGAACGCUCGGAAUACGUUUGCCAGCUUUGUCGCUCGAGACUCGACGUAUGAGCUCCUCAUUGGCAUUUGGAAAAUCAGUCAUCCGAAUCUGAAGAGCUCGUUGAAUGGCGUUACACUGGACAACGCUGGUACCGGCGAUAAGACCGAAGUCGCCGGGCCGGACGAUGGUUCUGAAGAUGGCUCCGGCUCGGCAUCAGAUGACGAAGUAUAUGAUGAAGACGAAGAAGACGAAGAUGGAAGUUUUGAUGAUGCUGCAUAUUCGCGCAGUAUAGCUGGGAGCGAUCGGGGUGAGAGGACAAUCAGCCGACAGCCCUCCAACGCGCCGCUUCCAGGUACCAGUCAAACGAACGGAUCGGUUCCCAAACCGGUCGAAAAUGCCGAUGCGUCCACUGCAACAGCAGCUGGCAGUGCCGAUUCUCCUGGCCCAACCACACACGAACCCACGCAAUGCUCCGACGGCGCCGAACACUACGACCGACCACUGGUCGACACCACCAUCCCUGCCCCUCUCGGCAAAAUCUACUCCUUGGUCUUCGGGCCGGCAUCCUUGACCUUUAUGAAGAAAUGGCAUAUCGAAGACCAGAAAUCCCGAGACCUCAACUUCUCCGACACCCCGCUCGAUAAUGAGCACAAAACGGUGACGUUCGACUACAUCAAACCGCUCAACGCCCCCGUGGGCCCGAAGCAGACGAAAUGCAUCACCACGUACAAUCUGGUGGCUUUUGAUUUGGAGAAGGCGGUGACGGUAGACUGCAGCACGCAGACGCCCGACGUACCCAGUGGCGGCGUCUUUUCCACAAAAACGCGGUACUGCUUGAUGUGGGGGCCUGACAACUCUACCCGCAUGAUUGCGAAUUGCACGGUCGAGUGGACGGGGAAGAGUUGGUUGAAAGGCCCCAUUGAAACCGGCGCAAAUAACGGCCAAAUCGAAUUUACGAAGAGUCUUGUCGCCGCGCUACGAGCAGCCGUCUCGACGAAAUCGCCCACCAAGGUCGCAGCAGCAGGCAAAAAGGGCAAACGAAAAGGCAAGAAAGAAGUCUCGGACGGCGAAGGCGCAAGCGAUGCCCGAAACGCCGCCGCCGUGGCCGCCGAGCAAAAGCCUUCAGACUGGGGCCUCUUCGAACCCCUGCAUACCCUUCUCCGACCCCUCAUCCACAUCUUCGGCCCGUUCAUGACGGCCCAGACGGUUGUGGCGGUGUUGCUCGCGCUGCUGCUGUACACCUGGUUCAACCCUCCGCUCCGCAGCAAGGGUCUGGACUCGCGCUUCCCAGCCUACACCUCGCCACAACGCUUAGCCGCCUACGAGGAGCUCUGGCGCAGAGAAGAAAGCAGUCUAUGGGACUGGCUAGAAGACCGCGCAGGCCUGGACGGCGUGUACGGUGCUAUGGGCGGCAAGACAGGGGGAGACGAUCGGCGCGAUAGACAGCGGGUUCUGGCUGCGCGGGAUAUGGGGAAGCGCUUGGAUGAUGAGGGUAUGAGUGAACGGCAGAUUGACGAGGCGAUUCGCGUUACGCAUGAGCGGUUGGAGGCGCUGCGAGAGGCUGUUGCCAGGAAGAAGGAGAGAGUGGGGAAGAAGGCGAGGUGAGAGGGCAGCCGAGCGCUGGUUUGGGGUGCUUUUCGUCGUCAAGCGUGGAAAGAACGAACGCAGGCAGCCAAGCCAAGCCAAGGAUCAAAGGCGAAGUGCGAACUGUACAUCACUGGCCCGCGAACCUGACCGGUCAAGUGCUGGGUUCCCGGACACAUCAUGGGGCCAAAAUGAUGAGGCAGAGGACUUGAGUACUGCGCCGCUAUGAGUACCAAUUCUCUUGGUCAUCUGAAUUUCACGAGCGACUGAACGUUGCACAAGGGCGUAUGCAUC